AGGAAAAGAAAAAAAAAGCGCGGCUUUUACCGUAAUGGUGGCAAAACGGUCGCUCUCCAAAAUGGCCUCGCGUCCAUACUAACACCAGUAUGCUCGACGCUCGGGUUACCGGGAAGUCCAGGAGUACAUUUGUGCGCGUGUUCCUGUGAAACUCCGUCACAGGGCGUCCAAAGCAGCUCACAUUGGAUGCGGAAGGCUUGUUGCUUGGUUGACGGUCUCCAGGAAAUGAAGUCGUUAAUGUUGGGCUUGACGUUUGUUCGACAUGGAGAAACCCAGUUCAAUAAAGAGGGCCUGCUACAAGGGCAGGCCAUAGACUGUCCAUUGUCUGAGGUGGGAUUGCAGCAGGCCGAGGCUGCAGGUCGCUACCUGACGGAUGUCAAGUUCUCCAACCUAUUUGUCAGUGACAUGCUACGAGCGCGACAGACUGCUGAGACCAUUGUGAAACAUAACAGUAGCUGUGCUGGUCUACAGCUGGCGUGUGACCCUCUGCUUAAAGAGAAAAGCUUUGGGAUAGCAGAGGGCAAGCGAGUGCAAGACAUAAAAGAUAUGGCCAAAGCAGCUGGUCAGUCCCUCGCAAUCUUCACUCCACCUCAAGGAGAGACUCAAGAGCAGGUGAAGCAGCGCGUCAAAGAGUUUUGGCUCAAAAUGCUCCGACAAGUCUGGUGCGAACACAGAGGCGACAACGAGCGCUCUUCGGCACCUUACGUGGCCGGCGAAGAGGCGGACGACCUUGCCGUCCACGCCCUGGUGGUCUCCCACGGGGCCUACCUGUGCGUGACCAUGCGCUUCCUCGUGGACGAUUUACACUGCCCCGUUCCCGAGGGCUGCAGCAGAGCACGCAUGUUCUCUUUGAGUCCCAAUGCGGGCGUGAGUCGCUUUGUGCUCACCUUGACGCAAGAGGACGAGGCGUUCAAAGUGUCUCACAUUCAAUGCUUGUUUGUCAACAAGGGUGAUCAUGUUGCAACAUGAUGGAAAGCUCGGGAAAACUACUAUUUACUAUUAAAGCCACACUGAAAAGAGAAACAAUUAUGGAGAAAAUAAGUCGGGAAUUUUAACAAGUGAAUGUCAACAAAAACCCUUUGAGGUUGAGCAACCUUAAAGGGUAGAACGAACUUAACCACUGCUGUUUCGUAUGCGAACUUGAAAAAGUGUCCCUGACGAAACGCUCGCAUCUUCUCACGCAAACUCUGCAGGAUCUUUUUAUAGAUGCGUCAGUUGAUCGUCUAUUCUUAACUUGUCACACUAGUUGGGAUACUUUUGACAACAUUUAACUCCCCUAACAUUUCAACUUUUUCCCUUCAUCUUUACUUCAUUCUUGUAAUAUUUCACCUUUAUUCUCACAAUAUACAUUCACUUUUCUUUUUCCUCAUAAAUUACUUAAUUUUGUAAUGUCUUGACUUAGUUGAAAUCUUGUUGUUUUUUUUCCCCAAUUAAAUGAUGAGAAUUAUCUCCUAAAAUCCUACUUUGUUUUCAAAUCAUAGUCAUUUUUGUUUUUCUUUUCAGUGUGGCGCAGAUGAGUCAAUAAAUCCCAGCAUGCUCUAAAGUCCAGGCAAGUUCUUUUCCAUCCAACUCUCCCAAACAUGGCCUAACCAGUCUUGCUUGGUGCACACAUUUGAUUUUAUUAUUGAUCAAGAGCAAUCGACUGCAUGUCUCGAGAUGUAUCGAACGCUUACUGCAUUGUGUAUCUCAAUACUUUUGUGCACACCAAAUAAUAUUAAACUUAUGAAACCA